AUUAUAGUUGAGAUAACAAACGUUUAAUGCCAAAGUUCAAAGAUAGUGCAUAUAGAAACCACACUAACAAAACCUGAACACAUAAAUAAAACUGAAAAAACCAAUAUUUUCUAUCUGUCAUAGAUUUAGUCAUGAAUUUCUUGAUUAAAAUCCAAAGCACACCAUGAUUCAAGAACAAAAUAACAAAAUCUGAAAACAAGAGAUUCAAGAAAAAACAACAAUUUUUUCCAUGGAUGUUCAUGUGGAUACUCAACAACCCCUUUUAGAAAACGCACCCUUACCUCAAAAAACACCCAAAACACCAGCACAAAAGACAAUGAGAAAAGCAUUCAAAGGCACAACACAUUUGGCAAAGCUUCUUCCAACAGGAACCGUGCUCAUAUUCCAGACUCUCUCACCGGCAAUCACACACCGAGGCCAAUGCCACACGCUCACAAGCAAAGCCAUGACUAUAUGUCUCUUAACCUUUUGCGCCUUCUCGUGCUUCAUUUUGUCUUUUACUGACAGCUUCAGGGAUGAGAGGGGGAAAGUUCGAUAUGGGGUUGCUACGAUGAAGGGGAUUUGGAUUAUGGAUGGAUCAGUGACGCUUCCGGUUGAUGAGGCGGCGAAAUACAAGCUAAAGUUCAUUGAUUUCUUCCACGCUUUCGCGUCCAUUUUGGUUUUUGUGGCAGUUGUGUUGUUUGAUCAGAGUGUGGUGAGGUGCUUUGUUCCGGGGCCUUCAGCGGAGACCAAAGAACUUCUGGUUGCAUUGCCGAUUGGGAUUGGGUUGGUGUGCAGUGUUUUGUUUGUUUUGUUCCCUAGCCAAAGACAUGGGGUUGGUUUUCCUCUCUCUCGCAAUUGAUUAUUUCUAUUGGAUCAUAUUCUUUAAUUUUAAUCGUAAUUCAAGUGGUAGGUGUUUAUUUUCAUUUUAAGUUAGGUAUCGGUUGGAGUGUUAUUUAUGAAAAAUCCUCAUUUGG